CAGGAGAGCGAACGACAGACUAAGAGACACAAGAGCGCAUCAAACAUUCAAAUGCGCACUCUCGGACAGCUGUUGAUCGCGAGUAUGUGAGUGAUAACAAACCGGACAACCGUUUAGUGGCAUUAUUAUUGUCCAUCGGCUUACUACGGACUGUUGUGCACUCUUAUCAUCUGUAGCCACCGUCGCGUGAUACAUUGUGUUGUAGUAAAAUGUGUCGCAUCCAUUGUGUCUGCUGAAACGAAAACUAAUUUUAUGUGAACACUAUUGUGGUUUUGCGCGAUCGACCAUUCAUUGAAAAUAGUAGUGAUUUGAUUGGUUUACAAACAGAGAAACAAUGAGUCUCGAUACGGUGAAUGAUCUUCGACAGAAGUAUAAAAAUUGGAAAUCUUAUGUCAAGUUCGUAAAGCUGGUCUCGGACGGGAUGGAGGACGAAACAAUCUUCGGCGAGAAACAGUCGAUACGGGAUUCUGCCCGGGCUUUGAAAAAGUACGGAAGCAUUUCCGGCUCCGGUGCUGCUACCAGUGGAAGCGGACAGCGAUCGCCUGCCAUGUGUACCGAAGCGCUCAUUCGACAUGAAAUAGAGAAAACGGACACGUUGCAGGGGAUUGCGCUGAAGUAUGGAUGCAGUAUGGAACAAAUCCGCCGCAUUAACCGUCUCCUGCCGACCGAUACAAUCUUUCUACGACAAUUUCUAAUGAUUCCAGUAGAGAAAGAUUCUCCGCACUAUCCGAAAGACCCGUCGGCUAUCGUGCGGUCUAGUAUGCUAUCGCUUCGAACGUCCUCAGUCGCUGGAUGUGCGUCCAGUUCGUCCACUUGUUCUACGCCAAUGGACACCGCGGGUGCUAGUGAAGCCAGCGUUAUAUCGCCAGAGGAGGAAAGUCGAAAAAAUAUGGAAGAGUUCCUAUGCAAAAUUGAUUCAUCAAUCGCAUCGUCGCGAAAGUAUAUAGCAGAAUCACAGAAGAAUAGCGAGUUUAUGUCCAGCCAAAGCGAUGACAACAUUUUCAGCUCCGGUGCGAGUAUGAACAGCAGUGGGUACUAUUCGAAACCGCGAGCAUACUCGACGGCAUCGUCCUCGUCGUCAAUAUCGUCAUAUCAGCAGUAUCACUAUCAUACGCUCAGUGCUGCGGGGGCAGGUCCAGGUGCUAGUUCAUCAUCUCAUCUAAAUCACAAACGGCAGAGCUCUACUGGGAGCACGGCUUCCGAUACGAGUCAGCUAAUUGUAAUGACCCAGGGAAAACGAGUGCAAACUUCGCUUCAAAAGUUGGAAAAGCAACAGGACGAGCUGUUUGAAUUGUAGCAGCGACAACAUCAUGGUGCACCCUGUUCGUCAGCGGAAUUAACCGAUCAGAUAGAAAUGAAAAUGCUAGUCGAAUACCGUAAGCAUGAUCAGUAUGUGUUUAGUACCGGUACUAGAGAUAGUAGUAGUAGUAGUAAUAGCGGUAUGUGCUACCAAACCCACCCAUCUUAUCGCCAGUUAAUGGUCGGAUUCAAAUCACGAAUCAGCAGCCUUGUGGCACUACUAAUGCGAUCCAGUCGCACUGAACGGCGCCAGUUACGCUAUCAUCACUACCAUCUACAGCGGAAUGAGUGGCGGGAGGCUGAGGAAGAAUCGUCGAUCAGUCCAAAGCAAAUAAAGAGGAAAGAGCAGAGCUAUGAGGGAUUUUGUAAGCGGCCAAAGGCCACCGGUUACAACUUUUAAGCAGUACCUGCGUGGUAAGUAGAUUGCAUCUAUUCAAACUGACUGAUUGUUGGAAGAAGUUUGAAAUUAUCCAUUCGAUCACACAAACAAAUUCAUAUAAAUUGAUGAGAUUCCUCUAGAGCAAUAUUGUCUGCGAAAAGGAGUAGUUUAUUUCCUUUUUCUGUUAAGCAUUACAGUGUGAUAGUUACAAAAUAAACUAUAAUGUUUACUAUUAGAAGCUAACCAUGUUUGCUAGGUUCAGCAACCUACAGAUGUCGAUAUGAGUUGUUAUUUGCUAUCGGAGUGCGUCGCGUCUCGAGGUUAUGUUUAACUAUGAUUAACACAUUUCGCACGCAUUCCUUUUGCUAGAGAUGUAAAGGAGUUGAAGGCAAGGCGAAAAUAAGAAAGAGCAGUUCUGUUGAAAUGAUCUUAAAACGAUCUUUCAUAAGCCAAAAGAUGCAAUUUUUUAAAUCAAUAACGUAAGCUGGGGUAAUGUUGAAAUAAUUACGUGAUAUGCGAAUCAAUCAGUAUAAAAAUUUGUUGUAGGAUGUCAAGCAAAUACACCAUAAGUGGCAGAUAUGUUCGAUUAGAUACAUAUAUUUGACCGAAAUGGUAUUUUAGAUCAAUUCUGAUGACUCAAUCAGUCUAAAAUUUUAAAAAUUUUAAAAACAUUUUACAUCCGGCUUCAAUUAUUUUGUAGUUAGAAGUCUUUCUCAAAUUGUUUUAAGAGUGAACGCAAUUUUUCGGAUAAAAGGAAAAUAUUACCUUUAAAGAGAGUCAAAAAGCCACAUGCACUGAUUAGACUAUCACGCUUCUACGUACUUAGAACCCAUGGCUCCGAAUAAUUGUACAAGUGAAUGCAAGGGUGCCAAAACUCCCCUAAAAGUUAUAAUCUCUUUUUGCUUUGGAUGAGAACUGUAACCAACUUUUGGGGUGGGCCGAUUCUUGCUACUUCAAUAAACACAACACAAAGCUCCAGAAUAUCCAUCGCACUAUACUGCCUUAGCCUGGAUUUUCAUAAGCGAUUAUUUUAUGCCUUUUUCUACAUUCAUGUCUCCGGAUGAACUUAUGCCUGUUGUAUUUUUAUAGAUUUUAUCAUAAGUAUCUGGGCAUUGCAGAUACUAUGUGAAGGUUUCCUUCGUGUUGGGAUCGUUUCGGAAUCUUGAGAGCGAAGUCAAAUGUGUUGACCGCAGUUUCAUAGCUGUAAAUUUUUAUAUUUUAUAUAAUUUGCUCAUAAACACAGCAGACUUACUUGCACUAGAUUCCUUCAAAUUUUUAAUCCAACAACUUUCUUAAAUUAUUAGUUCUUACAAAUUAUGCUUUCUAGCUGACAAAGUAGGUUUGUGCCAGUGCACGGAAGUCACUCCGGAGUAAACAGGAGCAAGAAAUUCUUGCUUCCGGUUUGCUACCAGAAGAAGAAAAAGAGAGUACAGGAACGAUUUUCUCCGGAGUACUUCCAGUUUCUCCUGGUACUAGAACAAAUCUAGUAUUUCCUCACUGACCAGUGUUUUCCAGCUGACAUGUAAGAAGCAGGUAGCAGCAACUGAUCUGACAUUGACAUGAAAGCCGUUACUGACGGGUGGAAUGAGCUGGCUGCAGACGAUCGUUGUUACCAAAUUGAGCAGUGGCGUAAUUUGCCCCAACAUACCCCGACCCGUAAUACUGGUCCUUCCAAGCUGAUGGACCAGUGUUAUCGUCUUUGCGAAUCCCUAGACUAGCAAUCUUAGUAACUGGUCAGCUUAGUACACCUGUUGCGGACUUCACAAUGUCUUGGCGCACAUGGUCGCACGUCCCUGCAUCGGAUAAUCGAUAGAAUCCGUCCGCGGAUCCACCCGGUUCGAACUGCCUCGUCGACGAUAACUACCUGUUUCUGGUGCCUUAGUGAUCUCAAACCACUUUGUAGGCCUAGCGAUCGUGGGAAAGUAUUCCUUUACUAAACGCCGCUAAAAUCGGCCAACCAGGUAUCUAGUAAGCUGCCAAUUAGUCCUCGAAGCUUCUUUCGGUUAGAUAAGAUCUUGCUGCCUUUGGAUCGCUCCAUUUGAAUUCAGCAGUAAGAAAUUGUUCGAUGUUAGUGCUUCUUGAUUGUCUGUUUCUAAACAGAUGAAAAUCAAUGGACGUGAAUUGACUACUCCUUCUGCCUCCGUUAUUAUGGUAGCAAAAGGUUUCUUCGCUCGGGUUCUUACAGGAGCUAAUGGUUGCAAAGGCCGUCUUCACUGAGCGGACAAGUCGCUCCCGCGAGCCCACCAUGUGCGGGCCGGAUGGCGGAAUGAACAUCCAUUUAGUGUUGAUAUUGGUGAAUAUUACAGCUAGCGACUGGUUGGCGGACUUAAUCUGCUCGUGGAGCUCUCGGUUAGCGCCUUGGAAAUUUGUGCAAUUAUCGUUAUAUAUUUCAAGUGGCGAUCCACGGCGUACGAUUAAGUGUCAACGGCUCGGACUGACAAGCACGUAAAUAGUGCCACCCAUCGUUUCGCUAAAGGUCGGCCUGCUUGACGGCCGUUGAUCCGAAAUAGUCCAGAUCAACUUAGGAGAAAGGACGGGUGAACGGACUUAAUCUAGCCUUCGGUAGAGGUGCCAUCUUGUGUUGCAAUGGCUUCGACUUUUUCACUCUGCAUAACAUGCACAGUUUGCCCGCUUUAUGAACCAGUGCUCGUAGGUGUGGGAUUCGGAAUUGCUGUUUCAAUUCGUUCACUACUGUGUUGUUGUUUGCAUGAUACCAGUCCGCUAUUAGAGACGAAAACGGCUUCUCUAAUUCGGCGCUCCAUCCUGAUCACCCAUGUUCAUCGAGAAACGGAGACAUAUUGUAGAGUGGAUGGGAACUCUCCAGUGUUUUCUUGACAUUACCCUGAAGCCUGUGUUUUUUAAGUAGCCCAAUUUCACCUAAGUAGAUAAUCGAUUGGACAUCACACCAGAGGACGUUUUCAGCAGCUGCUAACUCCUCGUUUGUAAAACGACCAACUUCUCUCAACUGCCUGUUCGUCUUUCGGUAACUCACAGCGAAACGGCAUAAGCUAUCGAUCGAUGGAGACGCUCCCAUUUCGAGAAGUGUGUUCACUCUAUGAAAUCAGACGGCUGUGUCCGGUGUACGAAGCAUGUUCGCAGCUCCUCAACCGUGCUGAGCAUCUCAGGGUCCAUUUGCGGCCAUUGCGUAGUUGUGUGUUUCAGAACUUAGGGACUAGCAAUUUCUCGUGAAAAGCCCUUUUCCCCGCUUCGUUGCUAAAUCCACUACAUUGAACUUCGUUGGAAUCCAGCGCUACUCAUUGGGGUUUGUUAUGGAGAGAUUUUCGCCUACUCUGCAAGCCACGAACUGCGAACUGGUAACAACGCUGGCUGGAAAUGAUCCACGCUAGCACCGCUUCAGAAUCUGACCAAAUGAAUCUACGCGAAAUUGUUAGUGAAUGAGUCUCUCCGAUGAUUUUCAUCAGCCUUGCUCUUAUCAACGCAGUCUGCUGUUCCAACUUAGGUACGGAGAGUGGUUUUAGUAGGGCCACACCAACGCGAUAUGAUUUUUUCCGGCAACUACAGCUCGGAAAUACGAAACAGCUGCGUAUGCGCUCUCGCUGACAUCCAAUUUCAUCGUCCCAGCGGGCAUUCGUCCGCCAGAAAUCUUGGAUAAUGAUCCGUCCGUGAAUCAAAAAAUGAGACCGCAAGCCAAGAGGGGCGAACUGGCUCAUCCCACGUCGUAGGAUGCCUCGCUUCAUCGUGACAGAUACCCCAACGUCCAUGCUGCUUGAAUACACAAUUUCAUCGUCUAGCAAGCCAGGACAUUCCCAGCACUCGUUCCACGCAGCUGCCUUUAUCCCAGUUGAUGAGCUUCUCUAACGAGGUAUCCAGUGUGCAGUUUCCCGACCCGACAGGAAUCCUGAUGAAUUGGACAACCAACUGCUUAUUGAGUCCCUUUGAUGUAUAAACGCGACUUCCUUGGCGACCUUAAUCGCCUCGUCCUCAGUGUCAAAGCUAUCGAGAUAGCCGUACACCUGGACCUGGAUGGAGCACGGAGAAAAUGAUGAUCCGAACGUGGCAACGUCCAUAAUGAACACCUGCGGCUGCUGUUCCGGAAUUGUCUCGGCAUAGAAACCUUUGGGAGUCUCUAUCUUCCUUUGUCAUUUUGAUUUGAUGGAACAUUUCACGUAUAUCGCCUCCCAGUUCCGUUCGCGGAACCUGCCGAGAACAGUUGGAAGUGAAGCAGCUAGAUCCGGUUCCUUAAGCAGCAUCGUAUUAAUUGAAACACCAUUUACUUUGGCAACCGCAUCCCAGACCAGGCGAACUUUGGCAGGUUUGUUCGGGUUAUGCACUACACCAAGUGGCAGGUACCACACCGUCCGCAAAUCAGCUGUUCUUAGUUCUUCUUCCGUUGCUUCGUGCAUGUAUCCCUUUUGUUGGUAUUCCACCAUUUGACGUCGCACGUUUUCGGCAAUAUUCGAAUUCGUCGUCAAGCGCCUCUCGAAGCACUCCAAUCUACGAAUUGUCGUAACAUGUCGUAACUAUCUGGAAAUUCGACGUAGUCAUAACGCCACAAUGAUCUAGCUUCGAACCUUAUUUUCGCUCGCUUUGUUGUUUGUUCCAGAAUACUUUUUCCCCUUUAUCUGCUUCUGAGUCCGAGCCACUGUUGACUGAAAUUUGAAGGCUUUCCUCUGCCUACCGUAGAUAGCCCAACCUAAACGGGUCUUCGUGGCGAUGGGUUCUCCUUGUUGACCUUCUCGGAUUGACGUCGUUGCAGUCAGAAACGCGUGCUUUACUUCAAUGAGUAUACCAAGAGUCACGCCUUCGAAACUCUUGCGUAGGUGGGCGUACCGACGAGCCAAUUCGUCAUUCGUCAGCGAAUAUCUCGAGGGUAAUUUGAUGGGAAUCCGCUUCCUCUCAAGUGAGAUUCCCAUUUCAAGAGCGACAUAACGACUUUUCGACGCCCUCAAAUUUCAGUUCAGCUGCUAUUCUCUUCUCCACGAGGGUAUCCGACGACUCCUCGUCGAUAAAGGCGUGAGUGUGUAUCAAUCUCCCUUGGUAAUGGAGAGAAUAAGGAACACCUUCGUACCUUUCAUGUGGUGAUGUGAUAUUAUCCCUUCCGAUGCUUGUUAUCCUUGACCCGGUGGACCGGAAACCUGGGCAACCAGGUGUGUCCUAUUUGGUGUCCAGUGAAGUAGUGGAUGAUGUCGUACCUGGCACCCUGCCACAUCACACCGAGCUUGUGACCUUCAUGGUCUUCUGCCGUGCCAGUGGGGUGGGAGAAUCGUGUAGUGACCUUCGCCUGCAUUGUCGCUCUACAUAGUGCUGUUUUGAUAGCUGCGAGUAUUAUUCGAGGCCUGAUAUUUGGCGUUGAGGUCGCCUUCGACGAUGAAGUCUCUUUGAAGUGAAUCCGAUGUUUCAUCACUAGCAUUGGCUUGCGGAGGAAGAUAUGCUACUAUAAGUGUGAUGCUACCAGCAGAAGUGGUUAUCUCCCCUCCAAUGUCUUCGAUGAACCGCAGCCGAUAAUUCGACAGGAGGCCAUUAUUGAUGUUCCCUCUGACUACGAUUGCAACACCUCCCCUUGAAGUUUGGUAGGUUUAGUCUUACUAGUCGGAAACGAUAUGCUGAUGCUUAUCUCGGGUUUAAGGGUGAUUUCCAUUAUGAAAACCACGUCGAACGGCUUUUCUUCAAGGAAUCCAGCUCGAUGAUUUUUUUCUUGAGUGAGCAAGCGUUCCAGUUGACCACAUUAGCAGCCAUUUUCAAUGAAUAAAAUACCCUGAGUGUAUAUCUGGUCGAACUGGGUUUUUCCACCUAGGCAGGCGAAUUUAAAAUUGUUGAAAUAACGGUUAAACGCGCUCAGCGGAAAACACCGGCAAAACGGCUAUUCCCUAGCGAUCAAUAACAGUACCAUCACCGACUCACGAGGAAAUCGCAGACAGGAUAGGAUGCCAUUUCCAAACCCUAUCCGGCGACGAAGCCCUGUCCGCUGUUUUCGUCCAGCGUUAAAGCAGACUACAUGCAUCACCGACCACCUUAUCGCCCAACUUCACAGCCACCUACAAUAAACACUUCAAUAAAAUGGAUCUCAGUACCGCUCGCGGGAAAACCGACUGCCAGGCAGGGUGAGCUACCCGAAGGCAUCUUGGGGAACCUCUAGAUUCAUUUAACGUUAUCUGGGAAGGCGGUUUCUUCUCAGAGGAAUGGAAACUGGCCCAUAUUUGUAUCCAUCCCCAAAAAAUGCCAGCGAAUUCCGACCAAUCAGCUUCCUGAUAUGUACGGCGAAAGCCCUGGAAAGGAUGGUCAAUCGGCGACUGAAGACGGGUCUGGAGGACCACAAACUACUCGGCAAAGAAGCCAACCUAAGCACCCUCGGAAAAGUGCUGGACAAGGCCAAAACCUUGUAAAACAAGAA